AUGUAUUGGCCUAUCGGAACUCCUAGGAUCUUUGCAACGAGCAGUAGGUCUGGCCCUGCUUUCAACCUAGUUGUGUCCCACGAUGGCCUACCUAGCCCCUUCGACAAACGACCAGCGGAGGGAUCCUCACCUUCUGCACACCUCAAUGCCCAACCCCCAUCGCAUCACUCGCAAAACGACGACAUUGACCUUGCUACUCCAUUAACGCCAGUCACGCCCGCCAUCCAAUCGGUAGACGACGACACUCGUGACGAGGGCACCACUUACCGAUCCCCUCACCUCAACACAAAUAUACCUUUGAAAGAUCCCGUGCUCGCUUUACGUAUCUCCCGUGGAGGACAACUUUUUGCUGUGAUCACCUCAACAUCUAUGACGAUAUGGCAAGCUAAGCCCACAGUGGUUCUUGCCGUGGUCGUUCGUUCCGAAUCAUCCCUCUCGACAUAUGGCGAAAAUGUCGACCUCCUGCUACGGCCCGACUCUGCUAUCCUCGUUGUUCGCACGACUUUGGGUUACCUCAUUACGUAUUCCCUAGCGACAGAUUCAGAGGCCCAAGUCUACAAACCAUAUUUUCCGAGCUAUGCAAACGUUCAACGGCGUCGUCAGAACCAUCACGGAGGGCCUGGUAGUAAUGCACCGGACCAGUAUCUUUGGGGCCCUGGCGAAGGUCAGGGUGUUCGCGACGUGAGUGUCCGUUUCAGGAUGGUUAUCAAGGUCGAUGCCGGUAUAGAAAGCGCCCUUGCCUUGGACGAUGAAUUGGUCGUAGCUACCCGUAAACCAGCAGCCAUCCAAUGCAUUCGCUGGACACCCGAUCAUAGUGGCAGCCAGACAAAAACGGAAAUCAUUAGCCGGAUGAGUUGGCUAGAGAAGAAGAUAACCGUCGUGGAAAUGACGCAUGAUCGUCCAAUGAACCUAUCCACCUGGAUCACGAGUGACGGUAAAGUUUAUGCGGUGCAACGUUUGACUCCGCGCGAGGUUUCCCAGGCAGGCUCACCAGAUGCUGAGCAUAAGAAGCUGUUCAAGGGUUACUGCUUCCACUCGCCGCAAAAUCCGACGGAGUCCGCUAGAAAGGCCAUCAUCAAUGCUAGGUUUUCCCUGAUCGCCGUUGGGUGUGCAGAUGGCGGGAUUCGUGUUUAUUCCGCUAGAGACUACGCUGGCAAUAUCCCACCGUCCCAUGCGCAUACACUACCGGUAUCCGCAACCGUCUCUGGUUCGCUUGCAACCCUAAGCUACUCGCCUGAUGGCUAUUGUCUGUUUGCCGGUUUUGAAAAUGGUUGGGCAACUUGGAGCGUUUAUGGAAAGCCAGGUAGUCACAGUUUCGGCGCGCACGACGCUCUCGUCCAAGCGAACGGGGAAAACUGGAUAGCCGGCGUAGGUGAUGCCGUCUGGCUUGGCAGUGGCUCAGAGCUUCUCAUCAUGAAUCGUUGCAACGAGGCAAUCUGGAUGCUUGAAAUGGCUAGAAGUGCCGUUGUGGGUUGUUACAACACAGCCAAUCUUCUGCGUACUGUACUCCAGACAAGUACGAAUGUCAUGAUAUACCGCGGGUAUGAUCUGCCAGACUUAGCCAGUAUAUCUGCGGAGCCGCAUCUAUGGCAUACGACGAAAAUACCCCCGGCAUACCUUCUGCAGCAAUGGCCCAUCCGUCACACGGUAAUUUCACCAGAUGGCCGAUACGUGGCUGUGGCUGGAAGACGAGGCUUGGCUCAUUACAGUGUCAACAGUGGCCGGUGGAAGACUUUUAUCAACGAGGCCAUGGAAAAUGAGUUUCAAGUCAGGGGCAGCAUGUGCUGGUAUCAACACAUACUUGUCGCCGCAGUAGAGGCUAACAAGUCACAUGAGCUCCGUCUCUACUCGAGAGAAACAGCUCUUGACAGUUCUCUAGUACUACAUACCCAACAGCUGCCUGCUCCUGUAGUUCUGGUGACCUCUUCAGGCGAUGACUCGUUACUUGUUUACACUUACGACAAUCUCCUUUACCAUUUUAUUUUUGCGCCUACAGGUGGAUCCAUCAGAUUGGUUCAGCUUGGACAAAUUGCUUUCCACGGCAUAGUACGAUCCCCUGCCAGAGUUCGUGGUUUAAGCUGGAUUCUACCAGACAGUCAACUCCUUGACGGCGAUCCAUCGCAAGAUGUUGCAGUUGCGUCCGUCUUGUUUCUGGUGGAUGCCAAGCUGGUGUUACUUCAGCCGUCGUUAAACCACGAAGGGCAUCUGAAAUACGAUAUGAAGGUUAUUGCGCAAAAUGUGGAAUUUCACGUAAGCAUGAGAGAUCAGCCGCAUUUUGACAGCAUAUCAGCACCCACCGAAGAAGCCACUUCUGUGGGAGGAGACACAUCAUUGAGAAACUCUCUCUGGGUGUUUGACGGGCACGAGUUCAAGCUUUGGCCUGAUGUGCAGGAAGUAUUGCGAGCAACAACAGACGAGACGUCGCGAGAUUUGCCAAAAACGAUAUCGGUUCCACUGGAUUUUUAUCCACUUUCCACGCUCCUCGGAAAAGGAAUUGUUCUUGGGGUUGAAGCUGAUCUUAUACAACGACGAGACAUCAGCUUUUCCUUCUUCCGCUUCACUAUCAGAGUUCGUUGUUUUGUGCCCAUACUUGAAAGAGCAUUGCUGAUCAUCUUGACCACAGACACACCUUUUCCUUCCAGACAUCCUUCGCUUCUUGUUGACAGAGAACCGCGCUGUAGAUGCCGUUAA